AUGAGCUUAUGCUAUACUUCUAAAAAUUCUAAAAAAUAAGAAUUCUGGCACUUAACUUAAGUAGUAAUAGACUUUUUGAUCAAGAGACAUCUAAUUUAGCUAUUGGAUUAGCAUAAUUUUAUAUCUUUAAGUAAAAUAUUUUAUGUAAACACAAAUAAAAGAAAUAAUUAAAUUGGGGAUGAAGGAGUAAUGGGAUUAGGAAGUGGAUUAAAAACUAUUCCUAAGUUAAAGAGUUUGACAUUAGAUUUAAAGGAAAAUAAUAUUUGCGAAAGCGGAGCUCAUAGUUUAUCAGAUAGCUUGGAAAAUUGUUACUAAUUAACAGAUUUAUCUUUAGAUUUUUAUGAUAACAAAAUUGAAGGCAAGGGAAUUUCACAUUUAGGAAGAGGAUUGAAAAAUUGUAGAAAUCUAAAAUAAAUUACUCUUAAUUUAUGGUAAAAUUUAAUUGAUGAUGAUGGAAUAGCACGCUUUGGAUAUGACAUAGGUAAUAUGACAUCUCUAACUAACUUUAGUAUUUAUUUAUGGAAAAAUUAAAUUCGAGAUGAGGGCAUUUCUAAUUUUGGGUAAGGAAUUAGUAAAAGUAGAAGUAUUAGGAAUCUUCUAAUCAAUUGCUGGUCAAACAAUAUUGGAAUCUAAGGUGCUUUAGGGUUUUUAAAAUAAUUAUAAAGCUGUGUGAAACUUAACUCUUUGAUUCUUGAUUUAUAAAAUAAUAAUAUUCGAAAUCAAGAUAACUACAGAUUACUCAACAAAAUAUUCAAAAUUAAAAGAUUAGUAAAAAGAUAUAUUAAGCUUUCAUACGCAAAUAAAUACUGA